AUGGCUAACAACAACUGGACCAGUGUAUCUCAUUUUGUCCUCAUGGGCAUGUCCACUCGCCCAGAAGAGCAGAUUCCACUUUUCAUUCUUUUUCUAUUCAUGUACACAAUCAACAUUUCCGGCAACUUUGCCAUCAUCACACUGAUUAUCUCUUCUCCCCGCCUCCACACCCCCAUGUACAUCUUCCUCAGUAACUUGGCCUUGGUUGAUAUUUGCUUCACUUCAACCACGGUCCCCAAGAUGCUGCAGAACAUCUUUUCCUCUACGAAGGCUAUUUCCUACAUGGGCUGUUUAGUCCAGACUUAUUUCUUCAUUUGCUUUGCAGCCAUGGAAAACUUCCUCCUGGCUGUGAUGGCCUAUGACAGAUACAUAGCCAUCUGCCACCCUUUCCGCUACCCUGUGAUCCUGACCAGGAUACUGUGCUCGCAGCUGGUGGUCGUGUGCCAUCUCCUCUCCCAUCUUCAUGCCCUGCUGCACACCUAUCUCAUGGGCCGACUUGUCUUCUGUGCAGACAACAGGAUCCCCCACUUCUUCUGUGAUCUCUACCCUCUGAUGAAGAUCUCUUGCUCCAGCACCCACCUCAACACCCUAAUGAUUCACGUAGAAGGUGUGAUUAUCAUCAAUGGAGCUCUGGCCUUUAUUAUCAUCUCCUAUGCCUGCAUCAUCUCAGUGAUCCUCCGGAGCCCCUCAGCCAAGGGCAAGUGGAAAGCCUUUUCAACCUGCGGCUCUCACCUCACCGUGGUGGCCAUAUUCUACGGCACCCUCACCUGGGUCUACUUCCGGCCUCUUUCCAGCUACUCAGUGACCAAGGGUCGUAUCCUAACAGUCAUGUACACAGUGGUAACCCCCAUGCUGAACCCCUUUAUUUACAGCCUGAGGAAUGGGGACAUCAAGGAAGCUUUCAAGAAGUGGAUCAGCCGAAUACAGACUUAUUUCUUCAAAUAA